AUGAGCGCGUCGCCCCACUCAUCAUCUUCCUCACGCCGUCGCUCUCGUUCUCGCUCUCGUUCUCGAUCCCCUCCCUUGUCCUCGUCCCAUCGGUCAUCGCGUCAUCCCGAUUCUCUGUCCUACAGGGACAGGGAUCGAGCUCGGGACUCAGACAGGAGCAGGGUGAGGGAUUGGGACAGAGACGGGAAUAGGGACAGGUCGUACUACAGGAGCGAUGAUCACCGAAGGCAGCGCGCGAGGCUCGACGAUGAAGAUGGUGACUACGCCGGCCGCGAUGACUGGCGGACAAGAGAGAGGAAUGGCCAUCCGUCGAGUAGUGGUGCCAGCGGCAGUAGACAUGGCGGUGAGAGGAGCGCAAGGCGAGGGUGGGCUGAUGUUGAUGGAGGUGCAAGGCCCGCCCAGGGGAGGGGGGACGCCGCUGCUGAGUCCUCUUCUCUCAGCAAAGACGUAGCUUCACCAAGGCCUUCCUCGAUUGAUACUCCGCCUGCGAAUGGCUCACCUGCUCCGGCGGCGAGCGAUCCGACGGCUGCCGAAAAGCAAAGGUCAAAAAAGGAGAAGUUGGAGGCAUGGAAGAGAGAGAGAGAGGCAAAAAAGGCACUAGAGGCGGAGGCUGCAAAAGCCAAUGGGGCCAGCACAGAAGCAACAAAAAGUGAGUCUGAGGGCGUCAAUGUGUGCUCAGCAGCCUCUCAUCUUUGGUGGCUUUAUCCAGCAGCUACUUCCAGUGGCGCAGCGCCAACGACUUCGAUCAAUGCGACCGGCCUUCGAGGGCUCCAAAGCAGGACCGACUUUGCAAAGGGCAACAAGGGCACUGUGUCGGCGUUGGAUGAUUUGGGGGACCAGAAGAAACAGAUCGAGAAGUUCACAUUGCCGCCGAUGGAUCCAUCCUUGAGUGCCGAUGGUGCGAACAGUGGACAAGGAGACGCUGAUCCCGCAGAGGACGACGAGACCGACCUCGUGGAUGAUAGUGUCAUCCAAGGCAACAGAGACGAUGUCACCGAAACUCUUAGGCAGAAGAGAAGCGCUGCUGAGCAAGAGUCAAAUACCAAGAUGGACGUCGACGUAGAGAUCAAGAAGAGCGAUGAUGCUAAGAUGCAAGAAGCAGGGCAAGAGGAGGAGGAAGAAGACGACCCUCUCGAGGCUUUUAUGGCCGGCGUCAAAGCCGAGGUCAAGCAAGUAAACGACGCAGACCUGCAGAGGAUGGGCAAGGGCAAGGCGCGAGCACUGGCAGAGGUCGUUGGGGCACAGGACGAGGAGCCUGGCGACGAUGAGAUUGUGGGCGAACCAGACGAGCUGGAUCAGGCUGGCAUGCAAGACAUCAUGGCCCUAGCCGCGUCCAAGGUCAAGAAGAAGGAGAUUCCGACAGUGGAUCACUCCAAAGUCGACUACGAGCCGUUCCGAAAGGAAUUCUACCACGCUCCUGCCGAAGUCGAGGAAAUGAGCGAGGAGGAUGCUGAGCGACUGCGCAUGGAGCUCGAUGCCAUCAAGGUCCGAGGCAAAGACUGUCCAAAACCCUUGAUGAAGUGGAGCUACUGUGGUCUGCCGGGCAGCUGCCUCGACGUUAUUAAAAAGCUGGAUUACAAGGCACCUACGGCAAUCCAGUCUCAGGCCAUCCCUGCCAUCAUGUCUGGAAGAGACAUCAUCGGUGUUGCCAAGACGGGCUCGGGCAAGACGAUGGCCUUCCUUAUCCCCAUGUUCCGUCACAUUAAAGAUCAGCGACCGGUAGGGAGUCUCGAAGGGCCGAUAGGUCUUAUUAUGACGCCCACCAGAGAGCUGGCUGUGCAGAUCUACCGAGAGAGCAAGCCGUUUCUCAAAGCCAUUGGCCUGCGGUCUGUCUGCGUCUAUGGCGGGGCUCCUAUUUCGGAGCAGAUUGGCGAGAUGAAGAAGACAGCAGAGAUUGUCGUGGCCACGCCCGGUCGCAUGAUUGAUCUCUUGGCCGCCAAUAACGGCCGCGUUACGAACUUGAAGAGAGUCACCUACCUCGUCCUCGACGAAGCCGACCGGAUGUUUGACAUGGGUUUCGAACCGCAGGUUAUGAAGAUUGUCAACAACAUCCGACCUGAUCGGCAGACUGUGCUCUUCUCCGCCACAUUUCCCAAGCAGAUGGAAAGUCUUGCGCGAAAGGUGCUCAGAAAUAGGCCCCUUGAGAUCAUCGUUGGCGGUCGGUCGGUCGUCGCGCCGGAAAUCGAGCAAAUCGUUGAGGUACGAGAAGAAAGCACCAAGUUCAACCGGCUACUCGAGAUCUUGGGGCAGACGUACAACACCGACGAGGACUGCAGGACCCUCAUCUUUGUCGAAAGGCAAGAGGGCGCUGACGACCUGCUCAGAGAACUCAUGCGAAGGGGAUACCCCACCAUGUCGCUACACGGUGGCAAGGACCAGGUGGACCGAGACUCGACCAUCAGUGACUUCAAGGCCGGCGUCGUUCCCAUCGUCACGGCUACCUCGGUCGCCGCCCGUGGCCUGGACGUCAAGCAGCUUAAGCUCGUCGUGAACUACGAUGCUCCUAACCACAUGGAAGACUACGUACACCGGGCCGGGCGAACUGGACGAGCCGGCAACAAAGGUACCUGCGUAACAUUCAUCACUCCUCAACAGGAUCGGUAUGCUCGCGACAUAAUCUCUGCACUCAAAGCAAGCAAGGUCGAGGUUCCUGUGGAGCUACAAAAGCUGGCAGACGAUUUCAAGGAGAAAGUGGCUUCUGGAAAGGCCCACAAUGCUUCCUCCGGCUUUGGCGGAAAGGGUCUCGAGAGGCUUGAGAAUGAUCGUGAAAAGGUCCUAGCUGCGCAAAGAUCGGCGUACGGGGAGAGUGGCGAUCGCAGUAAUCAGGGCGCCGACGGGGCUGCAAAGACCGACGGAGACCGCGAGACAGCAGCUGCAGCUGCCACAUCUGCGACAGAAGACAUCCAGGUCAACAAGGGCCCAGCUCCGUCGGACGAGCAGCUGCAGUCGCUCAACAUCGAGGUCAAAAAGGGCGCCGCGCCAGAGUCGGUCCGAGACAAUCGCGUGCGCGAGGAGCCAGGCUCCCGCACAAAAGAACAGCAGGAAGCAGCCGACAAUGCGCUCCUCGAGCGCAAUCGCGCAACGCUCGAAGCUGCCAAGAAGAGCGGCGCAGACACGACAAAGCUCGCCCAAGCACUUGCGCGCAUCAAUGCGGCGGCCCUUGGUCGCAAAGCCGAGCGCGCUCAGGGACCCCCUCAGUCGACCGACCAGGCUGCGCAAGCGGCUCAGGCCGCAGCAGCCGCCCUUGCAAACCAGCACCGUCGUCCAAAGGAUCCAGACUCGACAGACUUCCACGCCAUUGUCCCCAUCAACGACUUUCCCCAGCGAGCUCGCUGGAGAGUUACGAACAAGGAGACGAUGUCGACGCUCAUAUCCGAGACGGGCGCCUCCAUUACCAACAAGGGCGUCUUCUACGAAAAGGGCAAAGAACCUCAGCUGGGCGAACCGCCAAAACUGCAGCUCCUCAUCGAGAGCAACGACGAAGAGAAGGUCGCUCAUGCCGUCCGAGACAUCAAGCAAUUGCUGCUGGAGGCCACGCAGGCGGCCCUAGAGGCCGAACAGCGAGGGCCUCAGCAGGGUCGCUACUCAGUGCUUUAG